AUGCCUAAUCCGCUUCCCGAGUUCAGCCCCGCGUGUCCCAUCCCGUACAUCCUCCAACCUGAGGAGCGAGUGAAACAACUGCAAGCCAUUCUGGACACAGAUUUCGGACAAGCUCAGAGAGUAAACAUAGAAGCACUCAUUCACCUAUACGAGAUUGGCGAUCUCGGACCACGCCAGCGAACUGAUCCCCCUGUUUUCCUGGUUGAUGGAGUUCGCGUUGAGAAGGACCCAUGA